CUCUUCUCUGCAUAAACCCGCCUAGACUCCUCUUCUCUGCAUAAACCCGCCUAGACUCCUCUUCUCUGCAUUAAACUGGUGAUUCAGUUAGUUAAAUAGCCGAGAAUGAGUUCACUUGCGGCCAGAUUCGCUAAGUUGUUAAGAGUGUCUUGUCCUACCAGGCGUAGCUCUCCUCCAGUGGUGGGCUUGAGGUCGUGGUACUCAACUGUGUCGUCUAAUGGAGACAAUGAUUGUGCGAAGGAUGAUGAAUUGGACGUGGAGUUUGAUGAUGUACUUAGUGAAAAGCCAGAGUUACAGCUCCAAGGUGUGGAUCCCCGGAAAGGUUGGGGAUUCCGUGGUGUCCACAAGGCGAUCCUCUGUGGUAAAGUUGGGCAAGCUCCAGUGCAGAAGAUCUUGAGGAAUGGUCGAACUGUAACCAUAUUUACUGUGGGAACAGGAGGCAUGUUUGACCAAAGAAUUGUGGGAGCAAAAGACUUGCCAAAACCUGCUCAGUGGCAUCGAAUUGCUGUGCACAAUGAUGUGCUUGGCGCUUAUUCUGUACAACAACUUGCCAAAAAUUCCUCUGUUUAUGUUGAGGGUGACAUUGAGACUAGGAUUUACAAUGACAGUGUAAGUGGUGAAGUCAAAAACAUUCCGGAGAUUUGUGUUCGUCGAGAUGGGAAAAUUCGUCUUAUAACCUCUGGAAAACCAAUCAGUGAUAUUUCUUUUGAGGAUCUACGAGAGGGAUUGUUUAGCUGAAAGAUGGUGCAUUACAGAAAACUGAAUCUCAAAAAGCAGGAGCAACUAACUUUUUGUAAGAAAUUGAUAUUGUUUUCGCUAUAGUGACAAAUUGGUUUAACUUUUAAGUGUUCCUGUCUACCAUUUGGUUGUUUAGCAUGCCUUUUCUCUAGCAUGAUCAUCAGUGUAACUGGAUGGUGGUGUAUACACUUUAUUAUUUCUUUGUUUGGUGCA